AAUAAUAAUAAUAAUAAUAAUAAUAAUAAUAAUAAUAAUAAUAAUAAUAAUAAUAAUAAUAAUAAUAAUAAUAAUAAUAAUAAUAAUAAUAAUAAUAAUAAUAAUAAUAAUAAUAAUAAUAAUAAUAAUAAUAAUAAUAAUAAUAAUAAUAAUAAUAAUAAUAAUAAUAAUAAUAAUAAUAAUAAUAAUAAUAAUAAUAAUAAUAAUAAUAAUAAUAAUAAUAAUAAUAAUAAUAAUAAUAAUAAUAAUAAUAAUAAUAAUAAUAAUAAUAAUAAUAAUAAUAAUAAUAAUAAUAAUAAUAAUAAUAAUAAUAAUAAUAAUAAUAAUAAUAAUAAUAAUAAUAAUAAUAAUAAUAAUAAUAAUAAUAAUAAUAAUAAUAAUAAUAAUAAUAAUAAUAAUAAUAAUAAUAAUAAUAAUAAUAAUAAUAAUAAUAAUAAUAAUAAUAAUAAUAAUAAUAAUAAUAAUAAUAAUAAUAAUAAUAAUAAUAAUAAUAAUAAUAAUAAUAAUAAUAAUAAUAAUAAUAAUAAUAAUAAUAAUAAUAAUAAUAAUAAUAAUAAUAAUAAUAAUAAUAAUAAUAAUAAUAAUAAUAAUAAUAAUAAUAAUAAUAAUAAUAAUAAUAAUAAUAAUAAUAAUAAUAAUAAUAAUAAUAAUAAUAAUAAUAAUAAUAAUAAUAAUAAUAAUAAUAAUAAUAAUAAUAAUAAUAAUAAUAAUAAUAAUAAUAAUAAUAAUAAUAAUAAUAAUAAUAAUAAUAAUAAUAAUAAUAAUAAUAAUAAUAAUAAUAAUAAUAAUAAUAAUAAUAAUAAUAAUAAUAAUAAUAAUAAUAAUAAUAAUAAUAAUAAUAAUAAUAAUAAUAAUAAUAAUAAUAAUAAUAAUAAUAAUAAUAAUAAUAAUAAUAAUAAUAAUAAUAAUAAUAAUAAUAAUAAUAAUAAUAAUAAUAAUAAUAAUAAUAAUAAUAAUAAUAAUAAUAAUAAUAAUAAUAAUAAUAAUAAUAAUAAUAAUAAUAAUAAUAAUAAUAAUAAUAAUAAUAAUAAUAAUAAUAAUAAUAAUAAUAAUAAUAAUAAUAAUAAUAAUAAUAAUAAUAAUAAUAAUAAUAAUAAUAAUAAUAAUAAUAAUAAUAAUAAUAAUAAUAAUAAUAAUAAUAAUAAUAAUAAUAAUAAUAAUAAUAAUAAUAAUAAUAAUAAUAAUAAUAAUAAUAAUAAUAAUAAUAAUAAUAAUAAUAAUAAUAAUAAUAAUAAUAAUAAUAAUAAUAAUAAUAAUAAUAAUAAUAAUAAUAAUAAUAAUAAUAAUAAUAAUAAUAAUAAUAAUAAUAAUAAUAAUAAUAAUAAUAAUAAUAAUAAUAAUAAUAAUAAUAAUAAUAAUAAUAAUAAUAAUAAUAAUAAUAAUAAUAAUAAUAAUAAUAAUAAUAAUAAUAAUAAUAAUAAUAAUAAUAAUAAUAAUAAUAAUAAUAAUAAUAAUAAUAAUAAUAAUAAUAAUAAUAAUAAUAAUAAUAAUAAUAAUAAUAAUAAUAAUAAUAAUAAUAAUAAUAAUAAUAAUAAUAAUAAUAAUAAUAAUAAUAAUAAUAAUAAUAAUAAUAAUAAUAAUAAUAACGGCGAU